CAGCAUCCAUCCCACAGAGUCCGCGCUCUCAUUCCACGCCCUACUGAAAUCAACACGGCUCGGGAAAUGAGGGACCACAACACUGCCUGAAGAUGGCAAACUCCACGGCUUCCUAUGACCAGCUGGUCUACCAGGUGGAAGCUCUCCGCCAGGAGAACUCCCAUCUGCGUAGAGAGCUGGAGGACAACUCCAACCACCUGUCUAAGCUCGAGAACGAGACCACCGACAUGAAGGGGGUAUUGAAGGGCCUGCAGAAUAAACUGGAGCUGGAGGCUGGCACUUUGGCCUCCUCAGGGAGGACUGAUGUGCUGGAUCAGCUCAAAGAGUUGCACAUGGACCUGACCAACUACUAUGAGCUGAAGUACCAGCCACACAAUCUGCGCGUCCUGCCAGACAGUCUAGCCAGUCUGGCAGCUCAGUCGAGUGACAUGGACGAUCGUCUGUCCUGCUUGCCUCCCUCCUCCUCCAGAGCCAGGAGCCCCCUACGGCCUUCAUCCCGCCAGAGCUCCUCUCUGUCAGGGGAGGGCACGGCCGUGCAUCCUGGACACCCCCACCUCAUGGAUGGAGCCCUGGCCAAAGCCAUGCUGGGAGACGGACGUAUCACGGCCCAGCAUCUGGAAGACCUCUACAAAGAGAGGGCUAUGCUGGUGAGUGAGAUAGACAAGGAGGAGAGGGAGCGUCACUGGUACUACAGCCAGCUCCAGGGCCUGUCUCAGCGGCUGAACCAACUGCCACGCAUCGACACAUUCUCCAUACAGAUGGACCUCAUUCGGCAGCAGCUGGAGUUCGAGGCGCAGCAGUUGCGUUCUGUCAUGGAGGAACGCUUCGGAACCAGCGAUGAAAUGGUCCAGCGGACUCAGAUCCGUGUGGCUCGUCUGGAACAGCUAGAGAAAGAGCUACAGGAGGCGCAGGAGUCCAGAGGCACCCAGGAAAAGAACCUGUGUGAGGUGGAGAUGGUGUUCUGGCUGCUCUCCAUGUUGGCCAACCGGGACAGGGAGGAGAUGUCCCGCACACUGCUGACCAUGUCCAGCUCCCAAGACAGCUGCAUCGCCAUGCACAAGUCAGGCUGUGUACCCCUGCUGGUACAGAUCCUUCACGACGGCCCAGGGGGCGCCGGAGAGGCGGAUGGAAGUACAGGGUGCAGCCGGGAGGCCCGAUCCAGAGCCAGCGCUGCCCUGCACAACAUAGUGUACUCCCAGCCAGACGAGGGCCAAGCCCGGCGGGAGAUGAGGGUGCUGCACGUGCUGGAGCAGAUCCGCUCGCACUGUGACAGCGGCUGGGACUGGAUCGAGAGCCACGUGGGGAGGCACUCCCCCGGAGGUACUACAACCACAGACAUCCCUGAGACAUUGGAGCCCCAGAUCUGCCAGGCCAUGUGUGCUGUCAUGAAGCUCUCCUUUGAGGAGGAAUACCGACAAGCCAUGAAUGAACUAGGGGGGUUGCAGGUAGUCGCAGAGCUAAUGCACUUGGACCAGGAGCUGUACGGAAUGAAGAACGAUCCCAUCAAUAUGGCGCUUCGACGCUACGCAGGCAUGGCGCUGACAAACCUCACGUUCGGAGAUGUCGUCAACAAGGCCACUCUCUGCACAAAGAAAAGCUGCCUGCAGGCCAUUGUUGCCCAACUUGCAUCUGAUAGUGAGGAACUACAUCAGGUAGUGUCUAGUAUUCUGAGAAAUCUGUCAUGGCGUGCAGACAUCAACAGCAAGAGGGUCCUUAGGGACAUAGGGAGUGUAACAGGAUUGAUAACCUGUGCUCUUCAAGCCACAAAAGAAUCCACAUUGAAAAGCCUCCUCAGCGCUCUGUGGAACCUGUCAGCACACAGUCCUGAGAACAAGGUAGCCAUUUGCUCAGUAGAUGGGGCACUGGGCUUCUUGGUCAGCACCCUCACCUACAGAUGUCAGACCAACUCACUGGCAAUCAUCGAGAGUGGAGGUGGCAUCCUGCGCAAUGUUUCCAGUCUUGUGGCCACACGGGAUGAUUACAGGCAAAUCCUCAGGGACCACAACUGCCUCCAAACGCUGCUUCAGCACCUGCGCUCUCACAGCCUGACGAUUGUGAGCAACGCUUGUGGGACCCUCUGGAACCUCUCUGCCCGCAGUCCCAAGGACCAGGAGCUGCUGUGGGACCUGGGAGCAGUCAGCAUGCUGCGCAACCUCAUCCACUCCAAGCACAAAAUGAUAGCCAUGGGAAGUGCUGCAGCUUUACGGAACCUGCUCACAAAUCGGCCCCUCAAGUAUAAGGAUGCUGCGGUCAUAUCCCCUGGUUCCUGCAUGCCCUCGCUCUACAUGAGGAAGCAGAAAGCACUGGAGGCUGAGCUUGAUGCAAAGCACCUUGCUGAAACAUUUGAUUCCAUUGAAAAACAAAGCAGCCCCAAGCAUCCAAGCAUUAACAAGCCACUGCGGCAUAUCGAGAGCCUGGCAAAGGAUUAUGCAUCUGACUCAGGCUGCUUUGAUGAUGAUGAGGCCCCUAAUGUCUCCAGUAGUCUGGAUACAGGGAGUUUCUCCAUGCUCUCCAUGUUCCUGACCAAUUCCAACUUUCUUCAAAACCAGCCUCGCAAGAAGGACAGUGAACCGGAGAGAGACGUGGAGCCACCACAGACAGAGGAUAAGAGGCCCGCGCCUCCAGAAGACGAGGUGUCUGUUGCAGCAGGAAAAUUAGCAAAAAAGAUCACCAACACUGUGGCCAAGAUUGAUAAGCUUGUAGAGGACAUUACCAUGCAUACAUCUUCGGAGGACAGCUUCAGCCUUAGCUCAGAGGACCAUUUUGCAGACUGGCCUUAUGGAUCAGAUGAACUCCACGAGGCCCGGGCCAAGUCAUGCUCCCCCUGCCGCCUCUCUGAUACCAGCAACUUUGCACACAGAGAACGUCUAAACAGAGCCUAUGCUCUCUUACGUCUCAAAACCACCCAUGCAAGUUUGUCCACUGACAGUCUCAACAGUGGCAGUACCAGUGAUGGCUAUUGUGGUAGCAAGGACCAGAUUAGGCCCUCAGCGAGGUCAGCAACAGCUCAAAGACGACCUAACAAGCUUGAUCUUAAGGUGGCCCAUCAAGAAUAUCUUAACAUCAGAGCCCAUGUUCUCAAUGCGACAAAUCCGAUUGAUGUGCCAGAGAGAGAUUCUGUGGACAACAAAGAGGUUCAAUUGCUUGUACUAAAUAGCACAGAAACCGAGAAGAGCCAAGAGCUGCCCCCACAAACACCAGCUAGUGCAUCAACUAAACUCUCUUCUGAUGUCAGCAUGACUUCCAUAAAGCUGUCCCCUUCCUACCAACAUGUCCCUCUAAUUCAAAGUGUCUCCAAGUUUGGUGUUGCAAAAAGUGCCAUCAAUGUGCAGGCAGCUCAAGCAAUGAGGAGACAAGCCUGGGUCCCAACUGUGAUGACUGGAGGGAGUUUAGCCAAGUUUUCUCCAAUGGGCUCUGCUAGAAGUCCAACCAUUGGCCCAAUGGAGACACUGCAGAAGUAUUCAGUGGAGAACACCCCAAUCUGUUUCUCCCGUUGCAGUUCCCUGUCCUCCCUCUCCUCUGGUGAUGGAGCUCUUGACGGACAGAGUCAAAGUGAAAAUGAGUUGGAGAGUGACUCAUCACUUGAGAUCAUUGAAAUGGAAGAUGGGGAUCUGGUCAAUAGGGAGGAGGAGAAUGAGACUCUGGAGGAUUUAAGUGAUAGCCAACUGCUAGUCACUGAUUCAAAAACCUGUCUGAGCAUUGGGUCUGAUCCUAUUGAAAUUCCCUGCCCCACCAAACGUGAAAAGGUGUUCCUCAGGGGUGUAUCACCAGGCAUACUUGAGGACAGAUCACCUUCAAGUUCAUCAGAGAAUUACAUCCAUGAGACCCCACUUGUGAUGAGCCGUUGUAGCUCGGUCAGCUCACUGGGUAGCUUUGAGUCUCAUUCAAUUGCCAGCUCCAUACUUAGUGAUCCAUGCAGCGGAAUGAUCAGUGGAACCAUAAGUCCAAGUGAUCUUCCUGACAGUCCAGGACAAACCAUGCCCCCCAGUCGAAGCAAAACCCCAUGCUUUGCUGAAUCAAAUGGACCAGAAACCCAAAAUGCUGGGACAGCAGGGCAGUGGGAAAGCAGCUUGCGCAAGUUCAUGGAAGUUGCAGACUUUAAGGAAAGGAUCAACUUACCUCCAGAUUUGGAGACCAUGAUCUAUUUUACAGUAGAAAAACCCACAGAGAACUUUUCAUGUGCCUCCAGCUUGAGUGCUCUACCUCUUCAUGAGCACUACAUUCAGAAGGAUGUGGAACUGAAAUUGACUCCCUUACUCCAGCAAAAGGACAACAAUCCAUCCUUCCCAAGGGCUCAUGGAGAUAGAGAUGACAAUGAGCAUCCUUCUUUUAUGGACCAAGGGGAGAGAUAUAGUGAGGGCAAUUCAGAUGAUGAUAUAGAAAUUCUCAAAGAAUGCAUCAAUUCAGCAAUGCCCUCCAAGUUCAGGAAAGUAAUGCCCUCCUUGAUCUCCACCUUACCCACCCAUGUUCUAAACUCACAAACCCGAAAACCUAUACCUGUUUAUAUGAUGGUUCCUAGCAAUGCCAAUCAAAUGUGCUCAGGGAGAAGGAUUGUGAUGCAACAAAAGGACUUAUAUCUUGAUGAUUCAUCAUACACUGAUUCUGCCGAGGGCACCCCUGUCAACUUUUCCAGCACGACAUCGUUAAGUGACGAAACACUUCAGUACCCAGUGAGGGACAAGGGGGCAAAAGAUUGGAGGGUUAGAAGUAUGAACAAACAGGAAUUGUUGGAUCAAGAAGCAAAGAGAAUUGAAGACCUUCGGGUUUUCUCGCACUUCCACAAACCCACUAAAAUGACCAGUCAGCCUGAUAUACCAGUCAAUCAAAUGAGCAGGUCAAUCAAACAUGUCAUUCCCACUCAAAGAGUACUAAUGCAGAGCAAAGAAGUUGCUGAUAGAGUGGCUAAUCAGAGAAACCGUGAUCAAUCACCCAAUCAACAAAGACAAAAGCAGGGACAGGUCCUGACAAGGACACUGGAUCUACCUAUCAUAAAGCAAAACACAGAAGGGAACCAAAAUCAGAGAGCACUAGAGAGAAAUAAGGCUUUUCAGUCCAUGCCCCAUCCAACACCUACAGGGGAAGCCAUUUACUGCUUGAAUGAUGACCAGACAGACAAAGAGGAGGGAGUGAUGAAAAGGACAGGGAGAAAACAGAUGAGAGAGUCCAGCAGAAACACUCUCUCCCGAAGUAUGACUAAUAUUGGUCGGAUUGACAAUUCCCAGACAAGACCCAAAGGCUUUAAUAGGAUCAAGCACAAACUAAUCAUGGAGGAAACACCCCCAUGUUACUCUCUUAGUUCAUCUCUUAGCUCUUUGAGUGAUGCAGAAUUUGAGGAACACCAAUCAAAAUCCCAGCAAGUAUGGGUGAAAAACAAACACAACAAGAUAUCUAACCAGGUCCAACAAACAAGACCAAUGCACAUCCACAAUCAGUAUGAGGAACAAAGCUCACCAAGCUCAGUCAGUAUGGAUUCAGAGGAUGAUCUUCUGCAAAAAUGCAUAACAUCUGCAAUGCCCAAGCAGAGGAAGAAGCUAUCCGCAAGAAAGAAAGCAGAGAAGAAGCAGAAACAAAGAAACGACAUGCAGAAAGUGUCCGGUGGAUGGAACAACGAACAAGACUUUGACAGUGACGAUAUAGCAUCUGAUAAAGACUCAGACCUCAACAGUGUUGAAUGGAGAGUAAUACAAGAAGGAGCUAAUUCUGUUGUCACAAGGUUACAAGCAUCAAAGUCUCAAGAACAUUCCUCUGAAGAGACUGAAUCUGUCCUCUCAUUCAUGUCUGGAUCUAGCUUUACGCCUAAAGAAAAGAAGAUAUUUAAAGACAAAAAAGCAAACAAACCACUGGACUUUAACCAACGUAAACCAGUUCCAAAUCUACCAGUGGUCUUCAGAGGUAGAACAGUGACAUACACGCCUAAGAAAGAGACAAAUCUUUCGCAAAGGCCGCCUCCUAAUAAAGAAUCCCCCAAAACAGAUGCUCCAAAGAAUCCAAACCUUGCUCAACAGAGGUCAAAGAGUCUCCACCGUUUGGGACAACCCCUGGACUCCACACAGUGGUGUUUGCCGAAAAGAAGCUCAACCCCACCUCCGAGGAUACCAAAGAGCUCAUCCUCUGGAUCAUCUCAAAGCUCUACUCCAUCGAGACAGUCACAGAAGAAAAUAAUCUCCCCCUCACAAACAAGUAAAUCUGUUCCCCAAAAAGAUAACACACCAGCAAGUAGUCCACCUGAAAGGAAGGGACGUUCCACUGUUCCUUCAAAUCAGAGCCCAAUACCUCCAGGACACAAAACACAGAAGUCACCCGUCCGAAUACCCUUCAUGCAGAAUGCAGCAAGACAGUCCAGAACUCUAUCGCCAUUGGUAACCAACCAACCCACAAGUAUCAGCAGACAAAACAGUCAGGUGGCUGGAAAAAUAAUCCCUCCAGCCAAUCGUUUUGACUUAGUCCGCAUGACAUCUACCCAUUCAAGCAGUAGCGAGUCUGACCGCAAUGGGUUCCUGAGGCAAUUGACCUUUAUCAAGGAAUCAAAGACAAGGAUGAGACGUGACAUUUCGUCCUCACGCUCUGUGCCUACCUCGCAGCACGCAUCGCCCAGAAAAGCAAUUCCAGGUGCUCCUGCAGUCUUCCUAUGCUCAUCUCGAUGCCAAGAGCUAAAGGCAGUUGCUCAGGGACCAAGAAGAAUGCAAGGAAAGGGCCCCGGGCAAAGGCAAGAGCCAAGGCAGGAGCAGGGGCUUCAAAGGCAGACUGUGACUCUGUCCAGAGCCUGCUCUAGUGACCGAGACCUCUCAACGAGGUGUCCAGCCAGGAGAACCAGCUCAGAGAGUCCCUGCAGGGUGCCUCCGAGAAACGUCUCCGCAACCAAGCAACAGGCAAGAGACAACAUCAAGCGCCAUUCCUCAUCGCCCAGCAUAAACAUACUAAGCAGAGUAACCAGCCGCUCCUCCCUCCGCUCCUCGUCCUCCGACUCAAGUGGGCGAGCCAAGAGUGAGGACGAUACAAAGAAGAAGCAGCAGAGAACUGGAUCACACCUCAAUGACAGAGUCACCUGGAGGAGGAUUCGGGAUGAGGAUGUGCCUCAAAUCUUGAAGAGCACUCUGCCAUCUACUGCAUUGCCUCUGUUGCCUGUUCCUGAAGGGCCAAAACCAAAACCACCGGCACUGCCAAGGAAACUGCCGACCAUUUUACUAAAGUCAAGAAAGACGAGCGACGCUACAGUCCAAACAGAGGAUUUCUCGUCCAACAAGACCAACUCAAGCACCUCUCCAACUGUUGAGACAGCUCCAAUCAUCUCAGAGGAGGCAGCGAGACUAGCCCUCCUUAGAAAGAUCAGCAUUGGCUCCGGCCAAGAUGGAGACUCUGAUGGAUCCCUAAAGAGUUACAGCACAGCAUCCUCUGGAAACGCUCACUCUGUGGAAACUCACACAGGCGGCGUCGGCCAUUUCCGUCAGAGCUCCCCCAGCAAGGCAGUUCGGGUCACCCCAUUCAACUACAUACCCAGCCCCAUGGCCUGCUGCCUGCAAGAUGCACAGAGCCAAGCAACAACAAUCAAUGAGAAGUCAUGUGAAAAAUCUGAAGCCUAGUACAUACUACGUAGUACCAUAUGUAAUUCUGUACAAUUGAGAUGAGAAAAAUCCUACUGUGUUCCUGAUUGAAACUAACACAAAUACUUGUGUAUAUCAAUCCUUUUACCUCGGGUAUUGAACCUUCUUUUUCCUCACUGCAUCAGAAACAUGUCUUCAAAAAAGAACACUCGUCAUUUCAAAUCAUCUGAUCCCACAUGUCAUUCAUACAAGUUGGAUGUAUGCAUUAAGACAGGACUUCAUUGGAUAGAAUAACACUAUCCUAUAUUUAGAGAGGAGUUACGGGGAGUAGCCUAAUCUCGUACAAAAUGCACAUUUUUGUACUUUUUGUAUUUGUAUAUAAACCAUUGCUUGUUAGAAGAUUAGUGUAGACAUGACAACAUAGGAAAAAAAUACAAUUGUCUGUGGAUUUCAAGACAUACAGCACCAUCAUCAAAAUGAAGGAACAACCAUUAUUGAAAAACAAUAUGCAAAUCAUUGAGUGAAAACCCAGCUGGAAGACUUGUGUGUUUUUGAAAAGGUACUACUGUGGCUCCAAACUCAUUUGAAAAAGACUGUUGAAAUACAUCAAAAUAUGGACAUAAUAUUAUGUAAAGUAUUUACUAUGUACCCACAUGUUACUGCUUUGCCUUCGCCACACUAUUUACUACUGAGGAUACCACACUGUUAGCCUUCACUUUAGAACCACUGCAGGAAUUAUUAUUGCCAAUAGUUAACGUUAAAUAAUCAGCACUGCUGGAACACUAUGUUAACUGUAUUCUGUUUUAGAAGCGGUAUUGUAAAUGCAUGCAGACCAAUGUUCCCUCAACUGAGCGCAUGCGCAGCCGUGCACCUCCUCCAGGACUGCCACGCAGAAAAAAAGCCAGAUGGCUCAGAGAUUCAAGAGUUUGAACUUCACUGAGUUCACAUUAUAUAUAGCAACAUUUUCUGUGAUCGAAUCAACAUUAUAUCAGGCCAUGUUUAAUGCAACAAAACAAAACCAUCUUUGCAAGAUUUAGUCUGUUAUUUUGUUGUAGGCAGAGCCAGAUCGCAACGGAGAAGAAUUAUAUUUGCGGGUGUAGCCCACGAUCUGAAUGCAAGUGAAUGCGCUUUUCAGAUCAGAGCCGCGCGUGUUGAUAUUCUUUGGUAGAUAGCGAGUUAUUCGCCCAGUUAUAGAUAAGUAUAGGUCAGCAAUGGAGAGUUACUGCUUCAUAUAAUAGCACAAAACGUGUAGGCUACAUUUCAAGCUCGUUGAAAAGCCAGUCAGGUAAAAAGCUUGUGUCUUAAUUAAAGGGGCAGUGUUGUAUUUUGAGACAGGCGUGAAUAUGCACAUAAA